CCCGAGACAAGUAAAUCUUUCACUGCCCUCUCCCUCUGCACUCUGUGCCUCUUUUCCCUCCACUCCAUCCAGAACCACUGCUAACAAGCGUCUUCCUUCACGCUUCUCAUGUCCUUGGUUCAGCAUGUUGGCCACCAGGAGGGCACUGACCGCGACGAGGCGCUCGUAGACUUGUUUCUGCCGCCGAUUGACCGCCAGCAUAGCCGUCAAGAUGCAGCUGACCGUCGUCUUUCGCUUGAGAGCGCCAUGUCGCAUGCCGGCUUCCUCAAUCCCCAGGGAAAGGCAAUCCGGAGGGUCAUCAGUUACGAUGUAAUUCCCAAUCCCGACGAGCCUUCCGCAGGCGAGGAGCCGGGAGGUCUGACGCCUUACAAGGUGUCGACGACCAAGCGUGUCGCACAGGUCAUUGCAACGGUCCUCGCCUGCUGGUUCGCAAGUGGCAUCGUCUUUGGCUUCGCGGCACUCAAGCCAAUUCUCAUCAGGGAGGGUGUUUUCCGCAAUCUCUGCACCCCCGAAGAAAUUGAUCAUGAUGUCGAAGUCUGCUUCGAGCAGGAUCUCCGAUUGAACUUCUUCUUUUCGUUGGCGUCUACCACUGCAAACGUAUCGGCCCUGCCAGUCGGCACACUGCUCGACCGCUACGGCCCCAAGCUCUGCUUUCUUACCGGUUCAUGGUGUCUUGCUGCAGGCAGCAUUCUAAUGAGUUUUGCUUCCAAGAUCGAGCGCUUUGAAGGCUAUACCAUUGGCAAUUUCUUCCUUGCCUUGGGGGGCACCUUUGUCUUCUUGCCAUCCUUCCAGAUUGCCAAUGCAUUUCCCAAGUACAGUGGCUCCAUCGUUGCGCUCGUCACUGGCGCAUUUGAUGCUUCAGCAGCAGUCUUUCUCUUUUACAGAAUCAUGUACGAUGCCAGUGACAGGACCUUCAAGCCAGAGACAUUCUUCUUGGUAUAUCUGGUUGUCCCACUCGCAAUCGCCAUUGCCCAACUUACUUUCUUGCCGACCGAGAACUACAAAACUGAGGCACAGCUUGAGAUGAAGAUUCAGAAAGCUGCAAACGUGAUGCGCGAUGUACACUCCUCGGACGACGAAUUGUCAGAUGAGGAGAUGUGGAGGCGCAGAAAAGCCCGCAGCGAACGCCGCAAGGAACGACUGAGCAAGCUUGACGACCUUGUUGGCAACGAAGCUGCGCGCAAACUCCGAGAAGAAAAACGAGAGCAGAAUCUAGAGACCUCUGGUGUCUGGGGAGCACUGCACAACAAGUCGGCCAAGGAUCAAAUGCUUACGCCCUGGUUCAUUUUGCUCGUCCUUCUGACUAUUAUCCAGAUGGUGCGCAUGAACUACUUCAUCGCAACUAUCCGCGAGCAGUACACGUACAUGCUCGGUUCCGUCGAAUUGGCUGAGAAGGUUAACAACUUCUUCGAUGUUGCACUCCCACUUGCCGGAGUCCUUGCUACUCCCUUCCUCGGCAUUCUGCUUGACAACGUUAGCACCGCCGGUGUCCUCUUUCUCAUUGUCGUCAUGACUACUGCCAUUGGCAUCAUUGGUUCAAUACCUACCCUAUGGGCUGGUUACGUCAAUGUCGUCCUAUUCGUCUUUCUACGCCCGCUCUAUUACUCAGCCAUGUCAGACUACGCUACCAAGGUGUUUGGCUUUGCUACGUUUGGCAGGGUAUAUGGCACCAUUAUCUGUGUAUCCGGACUCGUCAACCUUUCGCAGACAGCUAUCGAUGCAUUGACUAAGAGCCUCUUCGAGGGUGACCCGACCCCUGUCAACAUCUUCUUUGCAGCCUCGGCGUUCGUGGUCGGUAUGGCGCUGGUCGUGUACGUUACAGUCCAGGUGUACCGUAUGCGCAAGAAGCUGGAUCAAGACGAUGCAAUGACAUUUACAAACACCGAUGCCGGCUCUGUCAUGGAAAGUUUAAUGGAAGAGGACGAGCCAAGAAGCUACGGAGCCAUUCAUCGUCCACGUCAGCCCUGGGAAGUCUGAACUUCCAAUUCGUACUCAAUUUUUAUCCGGUUAAUUUUCCCAUCGACUUUGAUCAUCGUCACGAUUAUGACUCGAGUACGGCCGUCACCAUAUUGAGAUGUUGUAUUUUCUUUCUCUGCAAUUAAAAAAGGGUCGAAAAAUCUUUUUCUUCAUGGGGCGUUUGGUUUCCUGAGGGCCUCCGACAAGAAAUUUUCAUAAGCGUUGCUUUGUUCAUGGUCAUUAUCAAGCGAGCGUUGUCCCGAGUUUUCGGUUUGUUUCAUGGUUCCAUCUGCUCUAUCAUGUUUGCGUCUGCCAGUCCUUUGUAGACUAGAUUGAUAUUUGUAAGAAUUGGCGCUGUUUGUAAAACAUUAUCAAUAAUACCCUUAUCAGUGU